AUGUGCAACGGGCGGGAGUGCGGGCGGGAGCGCGCGUUCCGCGCCUCCCUGUACGAGCACGACGCGAGGCCGGGGCCGAAGCCGGAGCCGGCGGCGGCAGCAGCUGCUGCUGCGUCCGCGUGCCGGCUCGACGCCAAGGCGGAGGCCGAGACGGUGGCGACGUUGCGGGCCACGGGACGCGCGUGGACGGCGGCGGGGGAGGAGCGGGAGCGGGAGUGGAGGCAGCGGGAGGCGGAGAUCGAGAGGACGGAGAAGCUCAUGCACCUGCUCCUCUGGGGACCCAACUGA